GAGUUCCCUUGUCAAAUUUCACACCCUUUUCUUCUCUUUUUCUCUCUCUCUCUCUCUCUCUCUCUCUCUCUCCUAAUUUCCAUUGCAGUUUCUCUCUCUACUUCCCUCCACGCUCACGAAAUCCUAACCGCCUCCCUCUCUCUUUCUCUCUCUACAACUCCAACUGAAAUAAUCAAAAUAUAUUUACAGAUAAAAGAGAGAAAAAAAAAACCCCCACAAUCAUCGCGGAUUUUUAUUUUUUUUAUUUAAUCUCUCUCUCUCUCUCUCUCUAAAAAUUUCCGUUUCCUCUCCCUUUUGAUAAAAUACAGAAACGCCCCUGCCCUUUAUUUGUCUCUCUGUUUAAAAUAAUAUCCAUCAAAAACAAGGGGAAAAAAAACAACAACCAGGAUUAGGGUUUUUUUUUUUUGCCUCCUCUCUCGCUUCGAUCAGUCCUGAACUCAUCUAGGGUUUUCGAUUUUGAUUCUAGGGUUUGGGUUGGUGCCGGGACGAAUGCCCCUUAGUUAGGGUUUGGUUCCUUCUAGGGUUUGGAUUUGGCGACGAUGAGGGUUCGUUGAGGUGCCGUCUCCAUUGUUUGUUUGGUUGGGAUUCGUUAUGGAUUCGUAGAGACGGUUGGACUCUAAUUGUUGGUGAAUUUUUUUUUUUUGCGAGAAUUUUGGAGGGUUUUGUGAAGACGGAGUUGGGUUAAUUUUGGUCUUCUGAAGGGGCUUUUAGGGUUCCGUCUUGGCCUCGGAAUCUUUUAGGGUUCUGGGUUUUGUUUUGUUUUGUACAGAAAUAGUAGAGGAGAAGCACUCGAUUGAGGUAUAGAAGGAAGUUUUUUUUAGGGGCUUUUUUUUUGGUAGCGCAGAUAAUGCUUUUCUGUGCUUGUUAUGGAUCGAGGUGAGCCGACUUUAGCUCCAGAGUGGUUGAAAGCAACAAAUUCUUCUUCACAUUCAGAUGAAAAUAGUUCGGGGGCCUUUUCAAGAAAUAGAAUCAAUAGAUUGGCAGUGAGUGUUUCUGAACAUGAUGCUCCUCGUGCAUCAUCGUCAUCAACAUCCUUCAGGAGGAUUGCCAACACCAAUGGCUCUAUGGGCCAAGAAAAGGAUAGCUAUGCACAUUCGCGGGCUUAUAGUAGUUUUGGUAGGAGUCGUGAUAGGGAUAGAGAUAGGGACAGAGAUAGACAUAGGGACCGACAAAAGGAUAGUUUAUUAGGUAAUGGUUAUUGUGACUAUGCUGAUUCAUUAAUGACAAGAAGAAGUGAGACAAAAAGGACUGAGAUAGACUCUUUGAGGAGAUCCAAGUCUGUGGUUUCAGGUCGGAAGUUUGAGUCGAUGUCCAGAAGAUCAGGGAGUGAUUCAAUCAGUGCUCUUUCUGCUGGUAGUUUAAGUGGUUCUCUUAGUAAGGUUUCCUUUGAUAGAGACUUUCCAUCUCUUGGAGCUGAAGAGAAGCAUGAACUUGUGCGGGUGCCUUCUCCUGGCAUCAGCUCAGCUAUAAACAGUCUUCAUAUAAGUUCUCCAACUAUUAUUGGUGCUGAUCGCUGGACGUCAGCUUUGGCAGAAGCUCCUGCUGUUGGCAUAAGCAAUGGACUGCAGACUGCUGCGAGUAUGACAUCUACUGGGUCCAACACCACGGGAGGAUUAAGCAUGGCUGAGACAUUGGCUCAAGCACCAUCAAAGGCUCGUAGUGCACCGCUGUUAUCCAACGAGAAUGAAAGGCGUAAGGAGCUGACUCUUAUGCAAUACAACAAGCUGAUACCGGUUAUCAACUCUUCGGAGAAAUCAAAAACCAAAGGAGUAAGAAAUGGUGAUCUUGUUUCCCCCAAGAUUGCACAAUCUUUCCCACAGCUGGUCAAUCAUGCUUCCCUCCGGCUUCCAGCCACCAAACCUGAUAGUCUGAAGACUUCUCAAGCUGGGAACUUUCUAGUCCUUAACCGAGAGAAGAAUGGCUCCUCUCCUACUGCCAAAGAUGGUUCUCCUCAAACUAUAGCCAACAGAGUUCCAUCAGCAUCAGCUCCUCAACUGAAGACCACUGUCAACUCAAAGCUGAAAGCAAAUGGUGCAGGAGAGAAAAAGCCUCCAUUCCAGGCGCAGGACAGAAACAACUUCUUUAAUUCCCUCCGCAGGCAAGCUGAGAUGAAAAAUGGUAUAUUGAAUGAUCAUCAUCAUCACCCUGAGCAGAAUUGUGGUGUAUCAUCAUCAUCCUCAUCUUUGUCAUCAGUGUCCAAUUCAGCGAUGAAGUUGGGUGAGAAGAUAAUGGGAGUUUCAGAAGCUUCUACUACCUGUGAGGUUCCUUCAUCAGGUUCUGGUUUAGACUCUUCAGUGGUUGAUAAUGGCAAUGGCAGUUCAUAUGAUGAAGAUCCUGAAGCUCUAGUACCUCCCGAUGAGGAAGAAAAAGCUUUUUUGGAGUCACUUGGAUGGAAAGAAAAUGCUGGGGAGGAUGCCCUAACAGCUGAGGAGAUUGAAUCUUUUGUCAAGAAGCAUGAGGAGAAACUAGGCCCAGAUUUUAAAUACAAGGCAGGUCUUCCGGAAUCCCUGCAGCGUGGAAGUAGCUCAUCUGGAUCAAGCUCAUCCAGCUCCGAGGCAGAAAUGCAGGAGGAGAAACUAGGUACAGAUUCUAAAUACGAGUCAGGUCUUCCAGAAUCCCGACGGGGUGGGAAUGACUCAUCUGGAUCGAGUUCGUCCAGCUCUGAGGCAGAAAUGUGAUUUUGCUUAAUAUUGCUCAUCAUUCUCCUUGUUUACUGAUUGCUGAGAAAUCUUUACUUUUAUGAGGAAGAGAUUCUUUGAUUUAUGGAAGUAGGGUUUGGGAGGAAGAAACUAGUGGGAGGUAGGUUUUGUUUGGUUUUCUUUUGGUGAAGAAGAGGGAGUUGAUAGUUUUAUUUUUCCCCCCUUUUUCUUUUUCGAGUAUUGUUUCCUGAAGUGGGGAAAAUUGUGUGAAAAUGCAAAAUAAGAGUUUCAGCGUUUCAGUUCUCUAGUAGUCCCAUUUAGGCUUUGCUCUCGCCUAAAGUUAAGGGGGCUUUCUCUUCUAUAGUUUGUGGGUUGAUAGAGAAUUGCAGUGUUUGUUCUUCUUUU